GUAUUAAUUUACUCAACUUUUAUUAUCAAAGCGAAAUUCGCAACCUGUUCCUCUUCAUCCAUCCGCCCGUCUUACGAUUGAUAGUCGAAGAACGGUGAAAGAUUUUCGACUCGCACGAUCGUCGUCGUUAACUUCCUCCUCUACUUCCCGGGAAAGGAAAGAGCAAAAGCCACGUGACCUUGUCGACGUCCUCUACAGACCUCUAGUUUGUCAUCUAUUUUGUACCUCAUCACAAUCUGUUUUACCUAGACAGUCCUUGAUUAUUAAAGGGUCAUCAUCGUUGUCACGCGGGUUUUGAGAUCCUUGGACUCGUUGAGAGAUUUUCGAACAUUUCACUUGGCGUCAUCGGAAAUUCUGAGAUAUGAUACGGACCACGUCAAGCAUACGUAACGGGUUGGCACGUACAUUACUUCGCGAUUCCGUGCGAACUAAUGCUGUGAAAUCUAUAGUGAUCCGAUGUCUUCACAGAAAACAUCAGCAGAGGCUUCAACAUCACAAUAUCUUGCAUGUAACAGUAACACCAUGGAACCAGCAAUUCAGAUUUUAUGCAGAUUAUCCAGAUCAUAUCAAAGUACAACUUCCAGCAUUGUCACCUACUAUGGAAACAGGAACAAUAAUUAGUUGGCAAAAGAAGGAAGGUGACAAGUUGAACGAAGGUGAUCUAUUAGCAGAGAUUGAAACUGACAAAGCCACAAUGGGGUUUGAAACACCUGAAGAAGGAUAUUUGGCCAAGAUCAUAGUACCAGCAGGAACAAAGAAUGUACCUAUAGGCAAACUGGUUUGCAUUAUUGUGGAAGAACAGUCUAGUGUAGCUGCUUUCAAGGAUUUUAAAGAUGAUGGGUCGGAUGUUGCACCUGCAGCUGCUCCUCCUCCACCACCACCAGCACCUGUUUCAGCUACACCACCACCAGCACCUGCAGCGCGACCAGCACCAGCCCCAGCAGCGGCUCCUUCCGUUUCUGGAGAAAGGGUAUAUGCUAGUCCACUAGCAAGAAAACUAGCAUCUGAGAAAGGACUUAGUUUGCAGGGUCUGAAAGGAACAGGAUUGUACGGUUCUGUAACAUCUAAAGAUUUAGAACAUGCUACACCUACUGUAGCAGGAGUAGCAGCAGUUGGUAUCUCAGCUGGAGUCGACAUUCCUAUAUCGAAUAUACGUGCGGUGAUUGCUAAACGUUUAAUGGAAAGUAUGCAAACGAUCCCACAUUAUUAUCUCUCGCUAGACGUGAAGAUGGAUGCUGUUAUGGCAAUGCGAGAACAGUUCAAUAAAAUGUUAGAGAAAGAGAAGAUGAAGUUGAGUGUAAAUGACAUAAUCAUCAAAGCAAUUGCUAUGGCUUGCAAAAAAGUACCAGAGGGCAAUAGCGCUUGGUUAGGAAAUGUGAUCAGGCAAUACAAUAACGUGGAUGUUAGUGUAGCAGUAAGUACGGAGAGUGGUCUAAUCACUCCUAUAGUGUUUGGCGUUGACACAAAAGGUUUAGUUCAAAUUAGUAAAGAUAUGAGGGUGUUAGCUGCAAAGGCGAGGGAAGGAAAGUUACAACCACAGGAAUUUCAAGGAGGAACAAUUACUCUGUCCAAUUUGGGCAUGUUUGGAAUCAAGAAUUUCUCCGCUAUAAUAAACCCACCACAAUCCAUCAUUCUUGCCGUAGGUGCUACGGAACCUAGAUUGGUUCCCGCCACAAAUGAGAAAGGAUUUUCGACCGUCCAGUAUAUGUCCGUAACUGCCAGCUGCGAUCACCGUACUAUUGAUGGUGCGAUAGGUGCACAAUGGUUAUCUGCCUUUAAAAGUUUUAUGGAAAAUCCAUCGACAAUGCUUCUGUAAUAAGUAUGAAAAUUCAAGCUGAGCGAGGAGGCGCGAUAUGCAAUUGUAGAGGCACUACAGAUGUAUCACACAUCUUGCUACAUACAUAUAGAAUUUGUGGUAUUAUUUGUGGUAUUAUUAACUGCCCGAGGUUAAUCCUGUGUUGAUUCGAAUUAAACAUGUUUGUCGACAUUACGUUUGAAGCUUUUCACAAAGUUAUAAGUUUAUAUAAGUUAUACAAGAUCUUGUUUAUUAAUGAUGAGAAGACUGAUGUUUUGAUUCAACACAAUUUUGAAAUAAUUCGAGAUAGCCAUUGUUCUUCCGAUAUUAGAAAAUUUGUACGAACAAAUUAAGUUUCAUCUCUAAAAUCGAUGUCACCUGAUGGAACUGCCUUUAUUAAUAAUAAUGUGUACAUACGUGUAUUUAUGAUGAAAAUGCUGCAUUUGUUGCAGAAGGUACGAUUACCACCGUUUUAGGGGAAGUAACAACAAAAGGUGUCAAAGAUGUUUAUAGUAUAUAUAUAUAUAUAUAUUUAAUAAAUUAUAUCGUACGAUAUAUUGUAAAUAUUUUCGUUCUUAUAUUAGCUUUGUAGGUAUUUUACGUAGAGUUGACGUGAUGGUCUGGUGAAACAAUUUUUAUCAGUAGAAAUGUAUCAUAAAAUCUUUUAAUCUAUA